CAUAAAAAUAUUCCAAUUCCUUUGCUGUGCCAAACCUAUAUUUUUUCCUGAGCAUAAUUCGGUCUAAGGGCUAUUUCUCUGCCAUGAGAUACAAAGAAAUUUGAAAUCCUUUUGUGGGAGAUCCAUUAAUGGCUGCCACAUUCCUAACCCUGAAACUCUCGGCAAACACAAACCCAAUCCAGAAUUUCUCACUUCUUUCCAUCCCCAAAUGCCAAAAUUCGUCGAACUUCCUCUGUUACUCGGUUAACCGUUUGGUGCGCCCUCGGUCACUCUCUCUGUGGUGCUCCAUUAAAGCCACAAGUUUCCACAUUCCUUCCCAGAUUACUUCCCUGUUUUCUGAUGCCACCGGUAAGAGGACCCCAGAUACUUCGACUAGUGCAGAAAGGAGAAUUGGUGGUCAUGCCAUUAUGGUCUUAUGUUUAGCUGUGUCCUUGGGCUUGACAAGGGUAGGAAUUUGCAGGCCUGCCUUCGCAGAAACCCCGAGAAUCGGGCAUAUAGAACUAACUCUUAAGCAGUGCCCAGCGUUGAGGUCCCUCUGUAUGGAUUAUCUUUAUUUUGGUUACAUUCCUUUGCAAAACUUUUAUGCGGCGAAGGACGUCUGCCUUGAUCCCAAUGGUCUAGGCAGCCUCGAGGAGGAGUUCAGAUCCAUGCUUAAAGAGAUCGGAAAAGAGGAAACCACAGGCACCUUCAAGUUGCAGCGCAUUGCGUCAUUAAUGGAAGUAGCAAGGAAGGAAGACAAGGCUGUUGACAUGUUGUUCAAGAUGAUCUCAAAGGCGAAGAGUCGAGAAAAAGAUAAACCCAGAUUAUCUUCUUUGAUUCGUGACCUGGAAAUGAUACUUGUUGAGAUGCUCAUAUACCAGGGAAAGUAUGAUCAUGCUUUAUCACGGGAGUGCCUUUAUGAUGACCUAAGCAUGCCUAUGUCCGAUAUGUCCGACUUUGCUCGUGAUGGUCGAGGCCCCUUUUACAAGGCAAUUCUUUUCCUCUUAUUGGGAAAAGAAAGAGAGACUGCAAAGAAGUUUUACACAACAUUUAGGAAGAGCAUAACACCACCUAGAUGGCCUAUAAAAGGGAUACCGCAGAGUCAGAGGGAUAUAAAAGGACCACCACCAUUUCCUAGUCCGGGGAAACAACCGUGUCAAAUUGAUGAAGAUUUCAAGGAAUUUGAAAUAGCAGUGGAGCAGUUGAAAAAGGAGAUCGGGAAGUGUAAGGGAAUUUAAGGCUCUUGCCACUCAUUAUAGAAGCACUCCAUGAAAUUAAGUGAAUUCAAAUUUGUGCUAUCAUUAGAUUGAAUAAAGAAGGUUCUACUCUUUCACUUGUA